CGGGUUGCACCUCCCAUGCCGAGAGUCUGGCUUUGUGCACCGAGACCCUCUUCCUGCAGUCUUGGCGUGGACGCGGCGGAGAGGGCGGAGGGUGAACCUGUACCCCAGGUUCGAUGCUGCGAUGUCUGCCUGCAGACUAAAGUGACGGAGCUAAAUGAACCUCUCUCCAACGAAGAUCGAAAUCUCCUCUCUGUGGCCUACAAGAAUGUGGUUGGUGCCAGGCGAUCUUCUUGGAGAGUCAUUAGCAGCAUCGAGCAGAAAACCAUGGCUGAUGGAAAUGAAAAGAAAUUGGAGAAAGUGAAAGCAUACCGGGAGAAGAUUGAGAAGGAGCUGGAGACAGUUUGCAAUGAUGUCCUGGCUCUGCUUGACAAGUUCCUCAUCAAGAACUGCAAUGAUUUCCAGUAUGAGAGCAAGGUGUUUUACCUGAAAAUGAAAGGCGAUUACUACCGCUACUUGGCAGAGGUAGCUUCUGGGGAGAAGAAAAACAGUGUGGUCGAAGCGUCUGAGGCUGCCUACAAGGAAGCUUUUGAGAUCAGCAAAGAGCACAUGCAGCCAACGCACCCCAUCCGGCUGGGCUUGGCCCUCAACUUCUCCGUGUUCUACUAUGAGAUCCAGAAUGCACCCGAGCAGGCCUGCCUGUUAGCCAAACAAGCCUUUGACGACGCCAUAGCUGAGCUGGACACACUAAACGAGGAUUCCUAUAAGGACUCCACACUCAUCAUGCAGUUGCUGCGAGACAACCUCACCCUCUGGACGAGCGACCAGCAGGAUGAAGAAGCAGGAGAAGGAAACUGAAGAUCCUUCCCGUCCCUGGCCCUUCCUUCAGCCCCACCCUCAUCAUCACCAAUUCUUCCUUGCCACAAUCACUAAGUAUCUAGUGCUAAACCUAUCUGUAUUGGCAACACAGCUACUCAGACCUGCUCCUCCCGUCCUUGGGAAGCAGUUUCAGAUAAAUCUUCAUGGGCAUUGCUGGAUUGAUGGUUGCUCUGAGCCCAGGGGAGCUCCCUUUUUGAAUUGUGCAGAGAAGUACGUUUUGAAUGAGGCAUUUUACUAUGCCUAGUGAUCUGUGGGAAAUCUAGGUGAGAGUAAUGAAGGAGUUUAGAGUCAGCCAACACAGGCUACAGCUGAUGUUUGAAAGAUCCAUUAAAAACAAGCUGAUAGUGUUUCGUUAAGCAGUACAUCUUGUGCAUGCAAAAAUGAAUUCACCCCUCCCACCUCUUUUCUUCAGCUAAUGGAAACUGUUAAGGGAAGCUGAUACAGAGAGACAACUUGCUCCUUUUCAUCAGCUUUAUAAUGAACUGUUUAACGUGAGGUUUCAGUAGCGCCUUGUUUUGCCUCUUUAAAUUAUGACGUGCACAAACCUUCUUUUCAAUGCAAUGCAUCUAAAGUUUUGAUACUUGUAACUUUUUUUUUUUUGGUUGCAUUUAAGAAUCAUGGAUUUAUUUUUUGUAACUCUUUGGCUAUUGUUCUUGUGUAUCCUGACAGCACCAUGUGUGUCAGCCCAUGUCAAUCAAGAUGGGUGAUUAUGAAAUGCCAGACUUCAAAAAUAAAUGUUUUGAAAUUCAGUGGGUAAAUAAAUGCUGCUUUGGGGA